UUGGUUCGCGCCCCCAACCCGCCAUCCCAAGUCCCCUGACCUCUCGCCAUGAGGGCCAAAUUCAUGCUUUCCAGCGCGUCAGCCGCCUUUGGGGAUGCCUUGAGCACGGUGGGUGGUGGCGGGGUGCCCGGAGGCCAUCAACGGGAGCAUUUGUCGAAAGCCUUGGAGACCAUUGAAGCGGAGUCCGUGACCGUGAGGUACAAACAUGGGAAACCUUGGGUCAAUGAGAAGGGUGAAGUGAUCUGGCCUUGGUUCCGGGUUUGGAUUGCUUGCAUCGUUCGCAGCCAGACAUUUGAAAGCCUGAUGGGUGUGAUGAUUCUGGCCAAUGUGGCUUUGAUUGUGUAUGAGACUAAUGCCGAUGCAGCUUGCUACCCAGAAUUCCUGAAUGACCUAGCUAGCUGCCCGCAUGCGAGCGGGAAGAUGUUCUGGACUUUUGUAAGCAAUGUGGUGCUGCAAGUGAUUUACACUACUGAAUGCGCAGCAAGAGGCUAUGCAGAACGCGCUGGUUUCUUCAGGAAUCGUUGGAAUUUGCUUGACCUCUUCAUUGUGAUUAUUGGAUGGUUAGGCAUGGGUCUAACGGAACUGGUGAAUCUCAACGUGCUGCGCAUCUUUCGCGUCAUUCGCUUGUUGAGGGCAGGCCGUUUGCUGAUCAUUGUGCCGGAACUCUACAUUUUAGUCAGCGGUCUUGCAACAUCCAUGAAGGCCAUCUUUUUCGGAUCCAUUCUGCUGGCUUCCGUGAUCUUCGUUUGGGCCAUUGUGACCGUUGAGUUGAUUCACCCCGUGAACGUGCAGAUCAACUAUGAUGCGUCCAGAUGCCCGCGGUGCCCUAAAGGCUUUGAAACAGUGUACACGGCCGCCAUGACCCUGUUUUCGCAGAUCGUGGCGGGCGACGCUUGGGGUGACAUGUCGCUGCCCUUGCUGGAGACCCAGCCAUGGACCUCGGUGAUUUUGUUCGCCAUAAUGAUGACCAUCUCUCUGGGUGUCAUGAACUUGAUCCUCGCAGUUAUUGUAGAGAAGGCCACCCAAGCGCGGCAAGAUAACUUGGAGGAGAAGGUGAGGCAAAAGGAAUUGGAGCGGGAACGAAAUAUGAUCGAGCUCGCUUUGCUUUGCGACCGCAUGGAUUUGGAUGCUAGCGGCACCCUCUCUGUGGAGGAGAUGAUCUUGGGAUAUGAACAAGAGCCGAAGAUGCAUGCAGUGAUGACCGAAUGCGGGAUGGAGAAGUCAGACUUGCAAACUCUUUUUAACGCCAUGGACGCGGACGGCUCGGGCGAAGUGGACUACGUGGAGUUUUGCUCCGAGUUGGGAAAAUUCUAUAAGAGAGACCCCUUGGUCUUGGCAUCCAUGACCAGGCAUUCGCAAGCUGAGUUAAAGAAGAUCGUCGAACAGGAGGUGAUGAUGGCCUUGAGAGAGCAAACCCAGAUGAUGCACGAUCAAUUGGACUUGCUGUGCAAAAUUCCAGGGCUGGAAAAAGCUGGUGGCAAGGUGAAACAGAAAUGGCAAGCGACCUCACGUGUGUCCAAGCCCCCGUUGAGACUCUCGUUCUCGCAAAGCAGCUUGGAUGGCCAAACAGGCUUUUCCUCCAGACAGAUUUCCAGAGACGGAGCCAGCUUGGCCGAGCUCCAGGCCGAGAUUGACCGUCUGCUCGCCUUCUCGAAACGUCUCCAGCCAACGGAACCGGUCAUCGAUCUCGAUGCGCCUACGGCGGAGCGCCUGCCGGAAGCCGAGUCCUCCAAAGGAGUACAGGACGCAACGACGUCCGUAACGGCUUCAGAUUUCCUGCGGCAACGCGUAGGUUCCGGCGAGUCCGGCGGCGGGAUGACGCCGGCGGUACGGCGGCGACAGCAAUGGACACAUCUCGACCGAAAGCUCCAGGAGGUCUCUCUGAGAUUUCAGAAUCAGAUAGUGCACGAAGAACUCAUGCGACAACGUUGCCAAGAGAUUAUCAACCACUUGAACGAGACGGUGCAAGAGAACUUGAUGGUCAGCCAGCAGAUGUGACGAAAAACCUGUGAUGUCAUGACAAUCCCUGGCUAGGACGGCUAGGAAAUCUAGGAAAUCUC